UACGUCAAGUCGUCCCGUCCGCUCGGUGAAGAUGUCUGCGACGGGUACAGGAGGCUGUGGACCCGGACCCGGACCCACGUCGGGCUCCGGGUCCGGGGCUUCCAACCCCCGAAAGUUUAGUGAGAAGAUAGCGCUGCAUACACAGCGACAGGCCGAGGAGACAGCCGCCUUCCAGGAGGUUAUGAUGGACAUCACAUCGACCAGGCUCCAGGCCCAGAAGCUCCGUCUUGCCAGGAGUCAGGGUCCGUACUACAGCGGCUCGCUACCCAACGUCAACCAGAUCGGCAGAAACCCUCAGGACUUCCAGGGUUCCUUCCCCUCCACUCUGGAGUCCAACAGGUCCACUCGGCAUCACGGUCUGGUGGAGCGAGUCCAGAGGGACCGCCGUUUCAUCUCCCCGGUCCGACCUUACCGCAACCGACAAAUGGACAGCUCGCCGUAUAACUCCGCCUACCUGUCCCCACCUCCUGACCCCAGCUGGAGAAGGAAUUGGUCCGGAAACUUCCCCGGGGAUAAAAGCCAGUUGUUUCGUCUCCCCACCACUGCACUCAACAGGACCAACUCUGACUCGGCCCUCCACACCAGUGUAAUGAAUCCUCCCACAGGAGACCCCUUCACCACGGGAGGACCCACCCUAACCCCCCAGAGCAACAGACGCACUGGUCAGAGUGAUGGAGAGAGCAGAAGAAUGUUUCCAUACCCUGUUCCCCCCAUUGAAGAGAAUGUGUUGGAUGAGGGGAAACUUCUCAAACCCUGGGACACCAAGAAGUUGCCUCUGUUGUCAUCCCGACCCAAGUCCUGUGAAGUCCCUGGCAUCAAUGUCUUUACGUCCCCGGAGCAGCCGUCCACGCCGGUUCACGGUGUCCCGUCGACCCUCAACACCGGCGGCUCGCUGCCCGACCUGUCCAGUCUCCACUUCCCCUCCCCGCUGCCCACGCCGCUUGACCAGGAUGAGCCCGGCUACCCAGGAUCCUCCUCUCUGAGCGGGGGCAGCAGCACAGGGAACCUGGCUUCCACCCUCACUCAGCUGGGCAUUAACGCCGCCAACGCUCAGGGAGGCAACGGCAACUUCCACCACCAUACACAAGGUCUCCUGGCGUCUCUACAGAGCACGCUCAGUAACCCGUCCCUGCAGUCAUCGCUAAGCAACCCCAACAUCCAGUCAUCGCUCAGCAGCCACUCCUUUUCCAACUCUUUGAGCUCCGCCUCCCUGCACUCGUCGCUCAGCAACCCCUCGCUGCAGUCGUCCCUCAGCUCCUCCCCCUCCCUGCAGUCCUCCCUCAGCAGCCAGUCACUGCACUCCUCACUCAGUAACUCCUCCCUCCAGUCGGUGUCCAGCAGUAACCCCAGCUACAGCAGCGGCGUGGGCGGAUCCAGCUCCUGCUCCUCUUCCUACUCGCCGCUGCUCAGUGGACAGGGUCAGCCAUCACUCAGCACGUCGCCGCGGAGGCGAGCACAGCUCUCCCCGCUCAUCCUGCCCAUGGGAGGGGAGUCACGGAGGCACCACUCCAAACAGUUCUCCCCGACCAUCUCCCCCACCCUGUCCUCCAUCACACAGGGCGUCCCUCUGGACACCAGCAAACUCCCUCUGGACCAGAGGCUUCCUCCCUACCCACUCAGCCAGUCCCACCAACACCAGCCGGGCUCCCACCAGCCUCUUCCCGGUCUGCCCGGCUCCCAGCCCGGCCAACAGCCCGGCCAGCACCACCACCAACAACAGAUGCUCCGCCUUCAGCAGCCGCGGCCCAACGCUCAGCAGCAGCAGCAACAUCAGCAGCAGCAGCAGCAACAUCAGCAGCAGCAGCAGCAACAACAACAGCAGCAGCAGCAGCAGCAACAACAACAGCAGCAGCAACAUCAGCAGCAGCAGUCGCAGUCCAUGCAGCAGCUCCACCUGCAGAAUCUACGCAACACACACAACCAGCACAUGCAGCAGCACUUUGGAACGCAGCAACAAAGGCCGAUGGGGCAGCACGGUAACGUGGCGAACACGCAGCUGAUCAAGAACGAGAGGGCGAUGGAUCAGUGCGUCCAGAGCUCCUCGUCCUCUCAGUGUCACGUCAAACCAGAAACGGAGCAGCAGAGAGCCGACGGCCUCCCUCAGCUCCAACAAAUCAGCCACAACCUGGCCACCGACUUCUACAAUGACGCCUUGUUGAACUCCCUACUGGACGACCCCUAUCUGAAUUUCCAGCUCACAAGCAAAACCAGCCAGCAGGUAACAGAGCACCUUCACCCGAUGUCAUCACAAACUGUAAAUAACACUGGCUGCAGGGAGCAUGACGUCCCCCACUGCUGUGACUCCCCACCGGGUCUGUCUAAAGAGAUUGCCAGCGCUCUGUCUCACGUCCCCGGCUUUGAGAUGGAUCCCUUCUCCCUGGACGACCCGCUCAGGAUGGACCCCCUGUCUCUGGACAUGCUGGACGGCGACUUGAUGCUCGCUGACCCGGCCGUGGAGGACUCCUUCCGAUCCGACCGUCUGAAGUGAUCCCUGCUCCAGGAGCUCGGUGGGAAACGGCCACCCGGACGGAAGUGGAGAGAACCGGGAUCAGCGUCGCUCCGCCGCUCCCCCAACCAGACGGUCUGCAGAGCGAGGUUUGGAAGUAACUUGGGAACCUCUUUUAUGUCAGCAAGGAAGUCUUUGUGAGAAGGACCUGAGAUUCCUGUCGGAUUAAACUAAACGAGAGGGGGGAGUUUUCCGUCUAAGGCACUUAACUUGAAAACGCUCUUGCAAUGCUUGAAGUCAAGAAAAAAACCAAGAUGCUUCUUUUUUUCGGCAUUAGCUUGUACGAGUCUUACCUGCAUGCUAAUGAAAAAUGCACUUGCGCAAAUGCAAACACGCAGGAAUAAACCGCCCACCUGAAGUCGGCUUUGUGUAAGAAAACCGUCUGUAAAAACCAGCAACGCUUGGAAAGUCUUGAAAAAGCAUUAUGCAUCCCAAAACAUGUGGACCCUCGCUGAGCUUUCUGACUGUUUUCUGAUCCAUCCGGCGGCCAUGUUGGUCCUCGCUCCACAGGAAAAACAACAUGUUUAUUGGUUUGGAAAUGUCAUUAGGUUAGGAAAUAACCACCAGUGAGAGGCCAACACUCCUAUCAUCCACUUUGACAGGAACUUAGCCAUGAUUUAGAGCUUUUUAUAUUUUUUAAAAGUGGGCAGUCACAGAGAUUCUCCUCAGAAGAACUGGUCCAUACUCAGAUGUAUAAAUCAAAAGAAAUUAUAGUUAUUACAUGAAAAGCAGGUUAAAGGUUUGGGAUAAAGCCCUCUCAGGAGUGUGAACAGUGCUUAAAACCCCCCUAAAUAUGCUGCUUCUUUUCAAGACUUGCUUAAAAGUAAUCAUAAUGUCAGCCCAUCAUUUAAAGUGUCUAAUUAAAACCGCUUUAAACCAUUAAAUAAUCCUGUGAUCACAUAGGACGCUUUCUUCAAAUCGACUUACUCAUUACUUUUUGGAGUCACAAUAAUAUUAGCAAAUAUGGUUUUGUCUUUGAAAAGCAAUUGUUUCUAAAACAUUUCUGUGGAGAGACUGUAAAAAAGAAAAUCCAAAGCUGCAUUUGGUAAAUUUUAUCUGUAGGUCAGCGGUUUUAAAGGAAUUGUAAGAUGAAAAACAAAACAUCAUAGAAGAACAAACAUUUUUACUUACACAAAAUUGUAUUUUCUUGUGACGUCUCUCACAUCUUCCCAAACUUGAACCUCUCAGAACUCUCGAACUAACAUUUGCAGCGUUCAGCAAAAAUAAGCCUCCUAUCUGAUCACAGAUAAUCAGUUAAUCAUCUUAUAGUUUCCACAUCGCUGCCAGCUAGACGAGUAUCACUGUUACAACUUUCUCAGAGAGUUUAUUUCACUGAGCCGCAGAGUGAAGUCUGAAACAUGCUGCCAACGUAUGACUGUGUGUGCAGUAAGAGGUAUGCUUUUAUUUUUAAGUACCUCUGACAUUUUUUGGUAAAUCCUACAGGAUGUGUUUAGCCUAGUUUCCCAAAUCUCUCUGCGUCACAAAAACGCUAAGACAAGCGCUUGUACCUUUGCAGCCUCGUUUCUGAUCCGAAACUGUGGUUCAGUGUGUUUCAGCCUUGUGUGCCUGCUGCCGUCACUUUUAGUCUCGUCCACAUCCCCUCUAUCAGAGAAAAGUUAACAGCCUCGCUAAAAAGACGAACGCGCCGAUCGGAUGCACUUGCUUGUUGUCAGAUGUAGAUCAGCUUUAUUUUUAAAUAGAAAAAUUAUGCAUUUAAUGAUGAAACUGAAUGUGUUGCUGUCGCGAGAGAGUGAGGAACGGAUCAGUAUCAGAUGGGACGCAGGGUUUCUAUACACCUCAGGAAACAAAUCACACAGAGGCUUCUUUCAGUGAGUCGUCUCAAAUCCAGUCUAGAUGUUGAUUUGUGUAGGAACCCUGAGUUCACGAUUCUGCAUCUUUCCCCCACUGAAAUGUUUGUACGACGGCCACAAUCGCCCCUCAGGCUUGAGCUUUAUCGCCCUUUUCAGGUCAAGUUUUUAAAGGGCAAUUCCCCCAAAAAGUCCCAAAGGCUAAAUAACUUGUGUGCACAGAUGUGCUAUCUAGGGCUGCAACUAGUGGUUCUUAUCAAUUAAUCUGCCAGUUAUGUUCCAAACUAUUUGAUUAAUGAUUAAAAUAGAGAAAAAUGUUAUGUCUCAGAGUACGAGAUGAUGUUUUGAAACAUCUGGAAGGAUUGAUCGAUUAUCAAAAUAGUCGAAGAGUCAUUUCAGGUCAGUUGACUUCUUGUUUCCGCUCUAGAUCUAAGAAUGCUUGCACAAGAGGAUUCGUUAAUGAACUUGCAACUAUUUUGAUAAUUGAUUAAAUUUUUUUUUCUUGCACAUUUAUUUGUUCUUGCUUCACAAAUGUUUUGCUUCUCUAAAUCUUCUGAUCACGUAAUCAUUCACUUUACAAGUGAAUCGUUUCGGGGCCGUAACGAAACAUUUCUCACUGUUUUUGGACAAUUUAUCGACCGAGCAUGAAAUGGAUAAAGUAAUUGGCAGAUUAAUCUGUAAUCUGAAUAAUCCUCAGUUGCAGGUCACCUUGGUUGCACCAGCAGUAACGUCACGGUGUCCUGAGGUACACCUGUGCAUCACUGCAGCAAGGUGGUGUUAAGUCACUUCCUGUGUCGCCAUCAGACUUUAACUUUAAGUCCUCUUUAAUGAAAUCUCUACAAAAAUAAAGAAAAAACUUUUUGUCUGUCAGCGGAAUUGCCCUUUAACCCCAGUCACUGUGAUUGACAGCCCUUAGCCCUGCCCCCUCUCUAUCUGCACUUGCUGCACCUGUGUUUUCAACCCCCUCCCCGGGGGACCGGAGCAUAGCAAUGUAUUUUUAUGUAACAAAAAGGUAAAAAAAAAUCAUAUUAUUAAUAUUAUUCUGACUAUAUAAAGAAGUUUUUAUUUUUUAAUCCAAAGUGGUCUAAAUCUGUAUGUAUAUAAUUUCUCAGAUAACAGAAUAUCUUUAAAACAAAAUAAAUAACAAUAUAUUUAAGAUGAGAGAAGAAGAAAAAACAGCGUGUAGAAGUUUGAAGCUUGAAGUCGGAGAGUUUUUGAACAAGAGCUUGUGAAUAAUGAAAUUAGCUGCAUGUGUCUUGUGUGAGCUUUUACAGUGUGUUGUUUUCAAAUGUUGUCUUGUGCCCCCACCCCACCCCUCCUCUAACCCCCACUCCCCCAUUUAGAAAUAUUGUUGUCAAUCAGGGCCACUUAUUGAUUGUUUUCACAGUUUAAGAGUUACUGAGAGUUCGGGAUCUUGUUUUUCUGUCCCUUCAAUCACCAACAAUAGAAAACUGGAAAACAGAAGUCAUUUUUUCAUCAAUGUCUUUUCUUUUUCUUUUUUUUUACUGCCUUUGGACUGUUUGGGGGUAAAAGUAUUAAAUCAUCAGUUUCCGUUUCUCCUGACGCCCACCCAGUACAGCUGGGUUCCCCAACCUGUGGGGCCGGACCCCCAUUAAGGGCCUCACGAUAAUUAACAGGAUUGAGAGGGAAAAAAAGAAAAUUGUUUAUUAAAUAUUAUCAUGAAACAUUAUAUAUAGAAAUAUAUAUAUAUUUAAAUAAUAUUUAAAACAAGAAAAACUAAAAACACUUUUUGUUUUUUGGACACAUGCAACCAGUGGCGAGAUUAUCUUUCCCAACUUUAUUUAUUAAAUUGAUUUGUUUAUAACAGCAGAAGUCAGAAUUGAAGUCAGAAUAUUUUUAUUAUAUUUAUUUCAGUCAUUUUAAACAGCUGUCUUAUUGUUUGAAACGUUUAAAAUUUGGGGAGAAAAUAAAAUAAAAAGUCCAAAAUUGUAAUUUUAGAAAACUGAAUUCAGGUUGCCUAUUUUCUAUUUCUAACAGUUAAGAAGAGAACUUUAAUUGAAUAUAGUAUUUUUAAUGGUAAAGUAAACUGGCGAAUGAUCCAUGGCUGUUGGCGGUGCCAUACGUUUUUAAAAGGCAGUUCCUGGGUUUGGGCGUUAUUGCAGGUCUGGGAAGUUAUGGAAAUCGGUUUUGGGUUUCCAGGUUUAACGUAGCCAAGUGCAUUCAGAGAGAGGGUGAAGUCUGUAAAAUGAAAACCAGGAGAGGUGAACGUUUAUUGGAUGAAGAGACAGUAAAGGUCGUAUUCUGAGGUGGUAAUUAACAACUGAAAUAAUUGAUGUGCGUGAAGUUUGGAAGCUUUCAGACUGAAAUGAGUCGUUGUGAGUGGGAAUAAAGGUUUUUUUUCUCUCUCUGA